CCAGCAACAUGAGUGUGCAGCUCACCAGAGUGAGCACUGAGUGUAUCAUCAACACAUGUGAAGUGUAACUGAAUGUGUCAGAGGAUGACAGAUGAAGCCACAAAAACCACCAGCCUCAAGAAGACCAUUGAGAAAAGAAGCUGUUUCCCCCAGUGACCUGGGCUCACCCACUCACAGUCCUCUCAAUCCCGAUUAUCAAGUGCUCUCAGCGUCAUCGUGGUCCACAAGACGGAAGUAAAGAAAUGAAAAAAAAAGAAGAUGGGGAUGAGGAGGUUGAGUGUCUGGUGAAAUAAAGACAACAAAAGGACGACUUUCACAGAGGACUGACGAGAGAAACAGAACCAUGAUCGUGGUUUUUCUGCUCUGUGUCAUUGCAGGUAUGCCAGCAGCAGGCCAAAUUCUGGAUGUAUGUACCACCUGCCACGUUAAUGCCACGUGUGACCACAAGUCAGACGGCUCUGGUAAAGUUUGUAAUUGCAAGUACGGGUUUGUUGGAAAUGGAAGAACCUUCUGUAUAGAUAAAGAUGAGUGUCAGAUAGGAGCCACUAAGAUCUGCGGGCAGCACACCACUUGCCACAACACAUAUGGCAGCUACUACUGUACCUGCCGGUCUGGCUACAGCCCCUCUAACAACAUGCCCAUCUUCAUACCAAAUGAUGGAACCCACUGCCAGGACAUUGACGAGUGCAGGAUCACAGGGCUGUGUGGAGAGGGAGGUCAGUGCAGGAACCUGGAGGGUAGUUUUGAGUGCAGCUGUCAGCUGGGAUACCAAGUCCACAAUGGAGUGGAGCCAUUUAAUCCUCACAGAGACAAAGCUUCCUGCAAAGUGGUCGACUGUGGCCAGCCUGUCUCUGUGGAGGAUGCGGUGCUGCUGUCAGUCACAGGGACCACAUAUGGCAGCAUAGCCACGUAUGCCUGUGAUGAAGGCUUCAUUUGGGCGAGAGGAGAAAACGCCUCUGUGUGUGGAGCUAAUGGGCAGUGGAGAGGACCAACCAUGGUCUGUGAAGAGGUUGACUGUGGCACCCCCCCUGCCCUCCCUCACUCACACAUGCUGUGGAAUAAGAGCUCAAGGAUUGGCACUGUGGUGGUUUAUCAGUGUAACUCUGGCUAUCGUAAUGUUGGAAAGGGAAAUGUCUCCAUUUGUACUGCGGCUGGAAACUGGGAAGAGCCGCCUGUGUUCUGCCAAGAGACUUUGUGUGGAAAUCCUCCUAUAAGUGAAUCCACUGAGCAGGUGUGGGAUGGUAACACAGCUCCUGGCAGCACUGUACUCUAUUUCUGUAAAAAGGGUUAUUUUAACAAAGGAGGACAUAAUGUAUCGGUCUGUAAUGAAAAUGGUCAGUGGACACCCCCGACUCUGUCAUGCCAAGAGAUAUUAUGUGGGGAUCCACCUAUACUGCCCCACACUGGACAAGUGUGGAAUGGCAGCUCUACCCCUGGAAGCACAGUGACUUACUACUGUAAAAUAGGAUCUAAUCACAGUGAAGGAAAUAAUGUGUCAUUGUGCACAGUUAAUGGUUACUGGACAAAGCCAAACAUCUCAUGCAAAGAAGUUCGAUGUAGUGUGCCACCACCCAUUCCUCACUCAGUCAUGCUGUGGGAUAAAAUGUCAACUGUGGGCUCUCGAGUUGUUUAUCAGUGUCAGUCUGGAUAUCAAAAUGUUGGAGAGGGAAAUGUAUCAGUUUGCACUGCCCGUGGAGAAUGGGAGGAGGCGUCUCUGCUCUGUCAAGAAAUCAAUUGCAGAGAGCCUGUUUUGAAACCUCAUUCUAAAACACUAUGGGAUGGCACAUCACACAUUGGCAGUGUGGUGUAUUACCAGUGUGAUGAAGGAUAUCACACCAGGAGCCUGAAAAACUUCUCAGUAUGUGGAGAGAAUGGACAGUGGGAGGAUAUUGAUCUGUGGUGUGAAGAAAUAAGCUGUGGUUCCCCACUAAUCCUUCCCCAUACUAACCUCCUGUGGGACCACACCAGCAGACCAGGCAGCAUGGUACUGUAUGAGUGUAUGGACGGAUUUUACCUGGAGAGUGGAAAUAACAUUUCAGUAUGUUCAGUAUCAGGACAGUGGGGGAAAGUAUCUGUAAAGUGCCAAGCUAAAUGUGGCCCAGUUCCUUUCCUUGCCAACUCAGAGGUGGUAUGGCAUAACAGAAGUGUAGUAGUCCACCGCUGUGUGGAUCGAUAUCACAGCUGGAGGGGCAGCAACGUCUCUGUGUGUGGCAUCUCUGGGCUGUGGCAGAAAGCUACUCUGAGAUGCAUAGAAAUAAAGCCACCCAUCAAUCACCUCUAUGUUCUCAAUGAAAAAUGUUUGCACUGGAAAGCAGAGAAGUAUGAGGAGGAUACAGAGGUUUACAAGGUGACAUACAUCGGAUCCAGAGACUACCAGAGGUCUUUUCAUGAUAAAAGGAAGCGGUCUCUGAGCUCCAAGGCCGACCAGCUGGAGCUCUGUCUCAACCUGCUUCCUGUCACAAACUACAGCAUCUCCAUCACUGCAGUGUCUGCCAGAUUCACAGCAACCAUCACCACUAAUACCAGUUUACCAGUGCCUCCAGCACCGGUUGUUUACUACAGAGAAUUUGAGACUCCUGUACCAACUUUGAGGCUACGCAGGUCUGCCAACACACUGGACCCGAUAAGUUCGUACCAAGUGUUUGUGCUUCUUGUGGAGGAGAUUAUGGUGUUUGACUGUUCCUGUCCUGGACACCCAGACCCCUCAAGCAAAAGCAAAUCCUCCUCUCAGUACAUCACUGCCCAGAUCCUGGUCAGACAUAUUGGAACAGAGAUGAACUUCACUGUUGGGGAUGGACUCUACUAUGGAGGUUUCUAUAACGCACCACUGAAGAACGGCAGGAACUAUUAUAUCAUCGUACGAGUUGUCAGUCAGUGGAAAACAGAUUUAAAAAGCUCCUGUGUCCUGUGGGCUAGAAUAAGAGGCACAUCCUAUGUUCUGAAGGUUUCAUUGCUCUCUUCUGCUGCAUCAGUAGGGCUGCUUGCUUUGGUCCUUUUGAGUGGAUACAGUUUCAUCAGGUUUUUCAAGAAGACAUGACACCGCUUAGUGCUGAUGUUCUGUAAAAUAAAUGUCUUGAUUUUCUGCCUGUACAGUUUGUACAUAAUCAGGAUCAUAAUCAGAAAAACAAGAAAAAGUGAAGUGCGAGGUAGAAUCUCACACAUUAUUAAUUACUGAGGCAGGGGGAAUCUCCAGACUGACAUUUGUGGCUUUGGCUCUGCAGCUUGAUAACAAACUACUCAAAGAGAUUCACAAAAUGCUCUUUAAUUUCAUGUGGUAAAAUAUGACACAUCACUUGAAUAAAACAGUUGUACUGAA